GUAUACUGGCAGUACCAAGUAUUUGUUAGCAAAAAGGUCGAUAAUAUAACACUGAAGACAUAAGUAAUAGAAAAUGUCGCUUUCUACCUUAGUUUGUUGUGAGUCUCUUUACAGUCUUCAUUUAUUAGAUUUAGUGCUCCACUAAAGAGAGGGAUAAUCUAUGCAGUUAGUGCUACUAUAACAGUAGCUUCUAAUAAAGUGCGUAUGUCUCUGGUUACUAUGUGUUGUCUUGUACUAUCUCGAUAAUAUCAUAUGAUAUAAGCAAACAUAAUAAAUAAGGAGGAUUAAUUCAGCACAUGAAUGUCCUAUAAUAGUAAUUGAAAUACACCACGGUAUUUAUUAGAUUAGACAUUAGAAUAGGAAAUAUAGCAUCACUAUCAAUUAAUACACUGUAAAGUAAAUCUUCUAUUAUUCCUUAAACCGAAACAGUCAAAUGAGAAGAACACUCUUACCUGCGUUUAAAGACGCACGGCGGCGUUUAAUACUCGCAUUGGAGAGCUCGGCGGAUGACACUUGCGCUGCUGUAGUAAGUAGCCACAGAGAGAUUCUCUCAAACGUAGUGCUUAAGCAGAACAACAUUCAUGAGCAAUAUGGAGGCAUACAUCCACUUUACGCAGUACAGGGACAUAUGAUGAAUAUACCGCAAGCUAUAAAUGAUGCAUUGCGGCUAUCGAACUUAUCACUCAAUGAUAUGGAUGCAAUAGCAACCACUCAAGGUCCAGGCAUGCCUGGAUGUCUCCAGAUUGCGAUUGUUGCUGCAAAAGCCUUAGCUGGAGCGAGUAAUAAGCCACUUAUUGGUGUACAUCAUAUGCAAGCUCACGCACUCACCUGUACUCUAACGGAGAAGACACCUCCUGAAUUCCCAUUUUAUACUCUUCUAUGCUCUGGUGGACAUACGAUGAUAGUCGACUCGGAGAGUGUGCAUAAGAUGUCGAUUUUGGCUACUAGCCACGACGAUUCUAUUGGAAAUGCUUUCGAUCAAGCUGCAAAAUUGUUGAAUAUUCCUUGGUCACUUCAUCCAUCAAAUGCGCCUGGAGCGGCACUGGAGGUUUUCGCAGACCAGGAAAACAUCAAAGCAAAUGAAGUAGCUCUUAUUAAGGAAUAUAGAAAGAAGUUACGUGUACCAGCACCUGGCCAACUUCUGUUUAGCUAUUCUGGUUUGAGGAGUGCCUUUGGAAGAUUAGUGGAGGAGAGCGACAAGACUGAAAUGACCCGCAAAGCUUUAGCUAGAGCUUUUCAAGCUGCUGCUGUUGCCCAACUAAAAGAUAAGAUCGAACUUGCUCUUGACAAUGCGCCUUCCAAGCCAUCCAGUUUGGUUGUAAGUGGUGGUGUCGCUAGCAACGGAUAUCUACGAAAAAGUCUGACAGAACUCACUGAGCGUCAAAAUAUGAGCAUAUACUUCCCAGCUCCAUCUUUGUGCACUGAUAAUGCAGCAAUGAUAGCAUGGGCAGCACAUUACAAACUAGCAAACGAGGAUUUUAGCAAUCCUUGUACAUUAAUGUCUCGACCUAAAUGGUCACUAGAGGAAUUAUAGAUGAGAUAAGUCAGUUGACGUCAUGUCAGUCUGAGCACUUUACGAAGGCGUGUGUAUUGCUUUGUAUAAAAGAAAGGACGAAAUUUUAAUCCGGAUUGAUU